AGAAGCUAGUUGUCUUUAAAAGCUUUAAGAAAAUGAGUUUGUUUUUGCCCAAAUUAACGUGCAAAAAAGACAUAGAUGAAGUGAUUAAAGGCGUAGCAGAAAAAGUGGUAGUUUUGAGGUUUGGAAGAGACGAAGACUCAGUUUGCCUACAGCUGGAUGAGAUUCUGUCAAAAACUGCCCACGACUUGAGCAACAUGGCCUCGAUCUACAUCGUGGAUGUGGAUAAAGCUCCCAUCUACACCCGAUACUUUGACAUCAGUUACAUCCCCUCCACUGUCUUCUUCUUCAAUGGGCAGCACAUGAAGGUGGACUAUGGAUCACCAGAUCACACUAAGUUUGUCGGCAGCUUCAAAACCAAACAGGACUUCAUGGAUCUGAUUGAAGUCAUAUACAGGGGAGCCAUGCGGGGGAAAAUGAUUGUCCGGAGUCCCAUAGAUCCCCAAAAUAUUCCCAAAUAUGAUCUUCUUUAUCAUGGAAUUUAGCAUGAGCAACUCCGCCAUUUGACUGUUGAUCUUUUAUAGCUUCAGAUUUAUUUUCAGCCACUAAG